UACAGGGACGUCAUGCAGGAGAACUACGAGGCGGUGACCUCGCUGGGGUUUCCUGUUCCCAAACCUGAGCUGAUCGCCCGGCUGGAACGAGGGGAAGAGCCCUGGGUGCCCAAUCUCCAGGCCAGAGAGGAAAGAGAGAUCCGGAGAGGCACCCGCACAGCAGGUGAUGGGUCACGGAGUAAGAAUGAAGAGGGAAAUCAACCGACGGAAGUUCCGGGGGAAAUGGAUUCACAGGGGACCUCCGUGGGACGACCUAAAGGGAAUUUUUCUCACUGCUUGGAGCAAGUAGAAGCCUGGGGGAAUUGGCUCAGCUCAGAGAGGCUGCUGGGAAACCACACAAGGUGCAAAGUGGAUGAGUCUAUUAAACAUGGAGGAGGAGACAAAGAUCCCACAGCCCAGCAGAAUGAUCCCAAGGGAGAGAAACCCUCCCCAUGCUUGCAGUGUGGGAAAAGCUUCAUUCAGAGAUCACACCCUGAGACACCUCAGACAAUCAAUCCUGGAGAGAAACCCCUUCAAUGCUUUGACCAUGGUGAAACCUUCAGUAACUGCUCAGACCUUAAUAACCGUGGGAGAAGCCACACAGGAGAGAAACCCUGUCAAUGUCUCCAGAGUGGGAACUGUUUGAAUGGAAACUCAGCACAAAGUACAUCUCAGGUGAGCCACACAGGAGAGAGACCCCAUAAGUGCUUAGACUGUGGGAAAAGUUUCAAAUGGAGGUCAGCCCUUGUUUCCCAUCAAGCAGUCCACACUGGAGAGAGACCCCAUCAGUGCUUGGACUGUGGGAAAAGUUUCGCACGGAAGUCAGACCUUGUUAAACAUCAGAGAAUCCACACUGGAGAGAGACCUCACAAAUGUUUAGACUGUGGGAAAAGUUUCAGGGGGAGGUCAGACCUUUUUACUCAUCGGACAGUCCACACGGGAGAGAGACUCCACAAAUGCUUAGUCUGUGAGAAAACUUUCAGGGUCAAGUCAGCCCUUGUUUCACAUCAGAAAAUCCACACAGGAGAGAGACCUCAUAAGUGCUUAGUCUGUGGAAAAGGUUUCAUAUGGAGGUCAGAGCUUGUUAAGCAUCAGAUAUUGCACACACGAGAGAGAUCCCAUAAGUGCUUCAAAUGUGGAAAAUGUUUCAUACAGAAGUCAGAGCUUGUUAGACAUCAUGCUAUUCACACAGGAGAGAAACUGCAUAAGUGCUUGAAGUGUGGGAAGUGUUUCACACUCAGGGCGUAUCUUGUUAAACAUCAGAGAAUCCACACAGGAGAGAGACCCCAUAUGUGCUUGAACUGUGGAAGAAGUUUCACACAGAGAUCAACUCUUAUAAAUCAUCAGAGACGCCACACUGGGGAGAAACCUUAUAAAUGCUCAGACUGUGGGAAAAGUUUCAUACAGAAAUCCAGUCUUAUAAAUCAUCAAAGGAUCCACACAGGAGAGAGAACCCGUGCAUCCAUAGACAGUGAGAAAAGUCACAUACAGAGUUCAGCCCUUAUUAAACAUCAGGUAGACCACACAGCAGAGAGAUCUCAUAAGUGUAUGGAAUGUGGAAAAUGUUUCAUACAGAGAUCAACACUUACAAAUCAUCAAAGGAUCCACACAGGAGAGAGGCCCCAUAAGUGCUUGGACUGUGAGAAAAGGUUCACACGGAGGUCAGACCUUGUUAGGCAUCUGAUAAUUCACAUCGGAAAGAGAAUCCACAAAUGCUUUGAGUGUGGGAAAAGUUUUAUGCAGAGGUCAGACCUUGUUAUGCAUCAGAGAAUCCACACUGGAGAGAGACCCCACAAAUGCUUGUACUGUGGGAAAAAUUUCAGGGUCAAGUCGGCCCUUGUUUCACAUCAGAAAAUCCACACAGGAGAGAGACCUCAUAAGUGCUUAGACUGUGGGAAAAGCUUCAUAUGGAGGUCACAGCUUGUUAAACAUCAGAGAGUGCAUACAAAUGUGAGACCCCAUAAGUGCUUACAAUGUGGAAAAUGUUUUGUAUGGAGGUCAGACCUUGUUAGACAUCAAGCAAUCCACACUGGAGAGAGACCCCACGAAUGCUUGUACUGUGGGAAAAAAUUCAGGGUCAAGUCGGCCCUUGUUUCACAUCUGAAAAUCCACACAGGAGAGAGAUCCCAUCAGUGCUUAGACUGUGGAAAAAGUUUUAUAAGGAGGUCGGACCUAGUUAGACAUCAAAUUUUGCACACAAAUGUAAGACCCCAUAAGUGCUCACAAUGUGGAAAAUGUUUUCUAUGGAUGUCUGGCCUCGUUAGACAUCAGGCAAUCCAUACAGGAGAGAGACCCCAUGAGUGCUUGGACUGUGGGAAAUGUUUCACACACAGUUCAUACCUUGUUAAACAUCAGAGAAUCCACACCACACAGAGCUCAUAAAGUGCUUGGACUGUGGAAAAGUUUCCUAUGGAGAUUGACUUUUAAAAAUCAUCAAAGGAUCUAUGCAGGAGAGAGACUCCACAAGUAUGUGGACAGUGGGAACAGUUUGUAAAACUUUUGCUAAACGUCAGAGAAUCCACACAGAAGAUAGACCCUAUAAGUGCUUAGCCUGCGAGAGAAGUUACCUACAGAGACUUCAGCCCUUGUUAAACGUCAGGCUGCCUACACAGCAGACACACCCCAUGAGUGUUUGGACGGGGCUGAAAAGUUUCCUUGUUGGACAUUUGGCAAUCCACAUUGGAGAGAGGCACCCACAAAUGCUUAGACUGUGGGAAAAGCUUCAUACUGAAGUCAGACCUUGUUACUCCUCAGACAGUCCACACAGGAGAGAGACCUCAUAAGUGCUUAGUCUGUGGGAAAAGCUUCAUAUAGAGAGCCCCUCUUAUAAAUCAUCAGAGAAUCCACAGUGGGGAGCGAUUCCAUAGGAUGUUGCGCGACUAGAGACAUUCAGCCAAUAAUUGUAUUGACUCUAUUUACUUACAUCGUGUUAGAGCUUUACAGUGUAAUCAAACUGUUCCCGUCUAGGGCUGUAUUCUCUCAUUUCAGAGAUCAAAAGGAAAUGUUUAACGUAUAGAUAAAACGUUGGUAUAAUAAUGUGUUGUCUAUGCGUGUCUCUGAAGUUUAUGAUCUUCUUUAUGGAUAAUCGCCUUAUUUUAUUGUGUUCCCUCCCCUCCCUCUCUCUUCCUUUCCCAGCCACAAUCCCCCUGCCAUGGAAAUGAGGAGAACACUAGGGCCAGACCCCACCUUCACCCUAGUCACCUGUCCCCCUCCGCCA